AAAUACAUUUGGACGUUCAAGCGGGGCGGUUCAUUCGACCUGGUUGCUUGACAGUUUAUUAAACAUUUCAUUAUGAUUUUGGCGCGGAACUUGAAAAGUGCCCUUUCGCAAUUGACGCUGAGUGGCUUGUGCCGCCGGCUGAGCGCACGCAUCGUUGAUGAAGCCAACAUUGAGGUGCAACUGGCACAGGUUGCAACCUCAGCUGCUUUGACCUAUCCGGGAGUUUGGUUGCGAGACAAUUGUCGCUGUCCGGCUUGCUUUCACAGUAACUCGCAGUCCCGCCAAUUGAACUGGCAAGACUUCGAUGCGACGGUGCGUCCGCUAUCCCUGCACAUGGACACCGAAAAGGAGCAGCUUCGGGUGUGCUGGAGCGAUGGCCAUGAGAGCACUUACGAGCUGGAUUGGCUGCAACGUCGUAGCUUUAAUGCUAAAACGCAACGGGAUUACCUCAACGACUUUUAUCGGCCACCAGCGAUCCACUGGUCGGGCAGAGAGUUUGAGCAGAUCGCCCAGCGGUUCGAUUACGAGCAGGUGAUGUCCGAGGAUGCUGCAGUACAGCACUGGCUACAGGCACUGGCCGUCUACGGUGUGGCCCUGCUGCACAGUGCACCACUGGACGAGGGCGUGGUGCGUCACCUCGCCGAACGGGUGGGCUUCAUCAGACGCACCACAUACGGCGAGGAGUUCAUUGUGCAGGCCAAGCCAGGUGCCCAGAACUAUGCCUAUCUCUCACUGCCACUGCCGCUGCACACGGAUCUGCCGUACUACGAGUACAAGCCCAGCGUCAACAUACUCCACUGUGUGGUGCAGACCAAAUCGCAUGGCGGCAGCAAUCUGCUCGUGGAUGCCUUUCACAUAGCGGACCGAUUGCGUCGCGAUCAUCCGCUGGACUUUGAGCGUCUCACCCAGACGAUUGUCGACUGGAACGACAUUGGCGGUGAAAAUGGGUGUGAGUUUCACAACAUUUGGCGUGCGCCCGUCAUCUGUUUGGAUGCCGCCGGCGAGUAUACGCGAAUUAAUCACAGUGUGCCGCAGCGGGACAGCCACUUCAAUGUGCCCCUGGAUCAGGUGCUGCCCUGGUACGAGUCGUAUGCCCGCUUUGUGAAGCUGGCUCACAUGGAUGCCCACUCCUUUAAGACGCAGCCCGGCGAUGUGCUGACGUUUAACAAUCUGCGACUUUUGCAUGGUCGCACUGGCUACGAUGACACUGAGCACAAUUCGCGAUAUAUUGUGGGCGCCUAUCUGGAUUGGGAUAUUAUCUAUUCGCGUUUGCGUGUACUGAAGAAGCGUUUGGCGGGCAGUAACUCCUCCAAUUUCCCGGGCAGCUGCUCAGGCAGCUCAGCCGCUGCCUAAAUGCGCCAAUAAAAGUCAGCGACAUAUUUUCCAA